AUGGUUGUUUAUAUACUGCGGAAUACGCUGGUUAAAUGGCCGAGAAAUUCAUGGCAAAACAGUGUUGCCCGGACGAUAUUUACAAAGAGGAAGGCACUUACUGUCCCGGCACCAGCUGUAUAUCAGUGGAAACCGCCGCCAGAUCAGAAAGGUCAUCUGAAAUAUGAACGAUACUGGUCUAACAAUGGGAAGUAUCUGCCACAGGUGAAAGUUGGAGAUACGUUUUCCAGAGCACUUUUUGGAAGAAUAAGCGAAACCUUCGAACUGUAUCCUAUAUAUUUCCUUGCUGGCGUUUACCUUGUUACACUUGGCACAUUCCUCUAUGUGACGACUCAUACUUGUGACUUUAACACUUCCAAAAAAACCUGGCCAGUUAUUCGUGAUAAAUACUGGAAGUAUCACACAGUGUUAUAUGAUCCAACCGGCAAAACACAUACACGUUUUCCUUUGAUGGAACAACUACUGGAUGAAAUAGAAGCAGCCAGUAAACAAAGACGUGAGGAAGACAAUGAAAGAUUUAAAAUUGAGCAUUAA